AUGACACCGAUUGAUAAGUUUAAACCCAGCGAUGUCACCCUGGCGGGAUUUUCUUGCACCUCUGCGAUUUUAGUGGCCAGGUUCAUGAGGGAAAUAAGGGAAAAUAAGAUAACGAAGUUGAGGCUAGCAACCAAUGUUUUUAAAUGCAAACUUAAUUUCACCACUCCUUCUGAGGAUGCCCUACGGGGUCUUUAUAUAACCAUUUCUAUAUCUUACCAUGUUUGUCAUGCAGAUUUAAAUUAUUUUUUAAAGGAAAUAUUUUUUUUUUGCCAGUUUUACUUUGAAAGAGCCAGCUUGACAUAA